AUACAUGUUAGAGAGCCAAGGUCAGCUCGAAAUUCUCUUGGUUUACAAGGACAACACGUCAGAUACUUUGUGGAAGCGAGGUGGAGGGAUGCAGUUCUUGGAUUGGCGCUACGAACACCUUGAUCUUUCCUCGCCUAAUUAUUAUCAGCUCCUCAUACUUGCCACAACCCAGGGAACAGCAGACAGAGUAAGAAUUGACGACGUAGACCUGAUACAUGGCCCUUGCCCUCCCUCCCUCACGUGUAACUUCGACGAUGAGUCACAAACCUGUAUGUGGGAGAAUGCCUUUGAGUUGGGAGCGUCUCUGCCGUGGUCCAUCGGCUCGGGAAGUGAGAACAUAUCAGCUGGUCCAGACGUCGAUCAUUCUUGGGGAACAUCUCUGGGUCAUUAUGUGUACCUGGACCUGCAGGGAAACCAAGACGGGGAGAAGGCUUUCUACAAGAACCCGGAUACCAUUAACACGACCACCAGUGACGGCGACUGCUUCCGCUUCUGGUUCUACCUUUAUUCCCUCGAUGCUGGGAAGGACGUGGGAGAACUGGGUGUCCGUCUGCUGCUGAACGAAGACACUCUGUCAGACCGGCUUUGGGAGCACAAAUACAACGGGCGAGAUGGAUGGCAGUACGGAGAGACUACGGUCAAGGAUGAAAAGAACUUUAGGGUUAUACUGGAAGGCCUGAGACUACCUGGCACAGCAGGACAUAUGGCCUGGGACGACCUGAGCGUAGUGAGAGGACCCUGUAAACCACCAGGAACCUGUGACUUCGAAUCCGGACUGUGUGGAUGGGUGGAUGUCCCGGACUCGCAGGGGAACAGCUGGGAGUGGCUGAAGGCAGAGGAAGCCAGCGACGGCGUUUUAGCUGACCACACGACCAACAGCGGAGAAGGCCACUAUAUAUCCUUUGACUUGGAGCGAUGUGCUUUUGGCUCCACCUGUUCUGCCGAACUUGUAAGCAACGACAUUACCCCGACCGACAGCACCUACUGCUUCUCUCUCUUCAUGAACAGUCUCCAGAGUAAUAGUGACACAAAUGUUGUCAACGUAGAGAUCGUCAAUGUGGAAAGAAACACAUCCCGAGUGGCAAUGACGUUAUAUAAUCCAUUUAACUACGUCUGGAACAACUUCAAAGUCUCACUGAACAGUAUCGACUACUUGUUCCACCUGCGCGUGAAGGUUAAGAUGCUUCAGGAUUUCCUUAAUGGCCAAGCAUACAACGCCCUGGACGACCUGCUCUUAGAAACAGGCAGCUGCCAAUGGACAGGCCCCACGACACCUGUACCUAUCACUACACCUGCACCGGAAACGAAACUCACCUGUGACUUCGAGAACUCCAACCCCUGUGACUGGACGCAGGACCUGACUGAUGGAGGGGACUGGGUUCUCACCUCAGGGGAGCAUCUCAAUUCCGAUCAGGGGCCUCUCGUCGACCAUACGACGCACCUUGCAUUUUCUACAGCUAUUUCCACAUGA